AAUUUCCUUGAGUUUUUUCCUCAUAUAAUCUUUGGAUACUUCUCUUUCUUCCUCUCUGUUUCACUGUCCUCUUCAGACCUCACCAGAUCAAAUCUACCGAAUAACCAUUCAUCAUGCAACUCACUUCCGUCCUUGCUUCAGCCAUUCUGGCCUCCGUCGCUCUCGCUGCCCCAACAUCUAAUGCUCCUCCAGCACCCACAACCACAAUCACUCCGCCGGCACCAACAGGACUGAGCAUCACCCAACAGCUUUUCCUUUCUGACACUGCUGCGGACCGCUUCGCACUCCUCUCCGAUGACAAGAUCAAGUUCUCUUUCACUGAUCCGAAGAAGGGCAAGGGUGGUGACCUGGUGGCAGCGAACCGAAAGACAUUCCCGGCGUUGGUCGGUACAGGAUCUGGCAUGGCCGUUGGCUUCCUUAAGGCUUGCGGCUUCAAUACUCCUCACGUUCAUCCUCGCGCCACCGAACUCCAGAUUGUCACGCAAGGCACCUUACAGGUGGAGAUGGUUCCUGAGAACGGGGUUUUCAACAAACCUGGCGACGCCACUUCUGGCCGCAGGGUCAUAAAGAACACAGUCAACCAGUUCGAGAUGAUGCCUUUCUACCAGGGUUCUAUCCACACACAAUUCAACCCAACUUGUGACGAUACCAUCUUUGUUGCUUCAUUCAACUCGGAGGAUUUCGGCGCGGGACAAGUCGCCGAUGAGCUCUUCUCCAUGAGCCCCAACAUCGUUACCUCCGCGUUCGGUGAGGCCAUCGAUGGUGCGGAUGUUGAUGCGUUCAAGAAGGCUAUCCCAGUAUCUAUCGCUCAAGGUGUCGAGGAGUGCCUGAAGAAGUGCAACAUCGCGAAACGCUAAAUCGCCCAUCGCAACCACGACCAUCCUCAGGCAUUAUCUUGCAACAUCAUCCACGACAGGGUAGAAUGGCACAAGUACAUCCUAACGGACUCGGCAGCAAUAUUGAAGUAUAAUGAAUGAUCACGAUUUGCAGCAUUAUAGAUUUGCAUUUGGUUAGCAUAGCGUCUUUGAAGUUUUCAGCAUAGCAGCGUCUUUUGUGUCAUUUUGCAAUAUCUUCUGGCGUUUUGAUUUUUCAGGAGGAGGAGGAGUGGAGUGGAUUGGGGAAGUUCGGUCGUUACCUAAUGUCUUUAUCCUAUUGUAUUUUGGCAUCAGUCUUUGGUGGAUAGUGGAAGAAACAUAACUCACUUCAGAAGCAGAGACAAAUUCCAAUCGAGCUUGCUUCUCUCAAAAUGCCUUUCUCCUCUUGGUGUCUCCUCUUGGUGUCUCCUCUUGCGCGGGAAUCUGGUG